GAAGGGCAGUUUUUGCAACUCGGUGUUUUGAAAAGGGAGAUUUCUUGUUAAUAUAUGGUGGAGAGUUGAUAAGCGAUGAAGAGGCGGAAAAGAGGGACGAAAAAAAUGAUGAAAACUCACCAGUUUGGCGAUUCUUUUUCAAAUUUGAUAAAAAGUAUCUGUGGUAAGUAAAGCUUGGAGAUCAUAAUAGCAAAAUUAUAUGCCACUUACUUAAGAGCCAACCCUAUGAACCCUAAAACCGCAAAAGUGUAUGAUAGAAUGGUAGCAGUGAGUUAAAUUUUUAUUCACGCAAAACAAUUUCGGAACAACUAACCCGCAAUUGCGCACAUACUUAACGUACUUUUUCAAGAAUAUCUAUUAGCAAUAUGAUUUGGAGAAUUAAAUCUUUUGUAAAAAUCUGGGAGAGAAACCAUGCAUUGUGUGGCAAUUAAAUUGGAUUUUAUAUUUAAAUAACAGCUACGAUGCAACCAAAGAACCCGAUGACGGUCUUGUGCUCGGACGGCUCGUCAAUGAUGGCUACAAACAUGCAGAUAUCAAUUCCAAAAUGAAGAUGAUUGUGGCAAAUGGUCAACCAAUUCUCUGUCUUUUUGCGACCAAAAACAUAAGUCCUGGGGAAGAAAUUCAGUAUGAUUAUGGCCAGCACAAUUAUCCAUGGCGGGAGAAUAAGGUAAAAAGCUAGACUAUUGUAUUACUUUAGAAAUAAAAUCCCGCCGCCACCUUACCAUGCAGAUUUAAGUAUUUUAAAACUGUCUGCGUAGAUGAAUUGAAAAUGUAAAAUUGUUAAGACAGAAAGAAACUAUAAAUGCAAAUAAUGCCACUAAUUACUACAUGAGGCGAAACUUCGUGUCAAUAACUGGUGAGAUAAUGGCGAUUAAAAUAGAGACAUCCACCGUAUAUCAGUUGUUCUGCGAUUCCAUUUAUUGAACUACUCGCCGUAUAUUAAUAGUGAUCGAUUGCAAACUGCAUUGGAAUAAAUAACUGAUAUAUUGCGAAGAACCAAUACGAAACUGCAAGGAUUAUGAAAAGCACGCUCUCUACCUUGUUGUAUAGGAGAUGGAUGAAGCUGAUGAAAGACCAAAAACAAAGAAGCCAAAAAUAACAAGUGGUGACGACGAG